AGGAUCGAGCCGCAGCACUUCGGGCUGCGUUCUACGAGCCUCACCAACCCACUACUUCCCUUUCAUGUCUUUAUAUUACUACCACUACUAAAAUGGCAUUCGCCGAUCCUCGUACAUACAGCUGCCCCUCUUACUAUCGUGCGGUAUCCUGCCGCGCAAGACGGGUGGCGGUGGCUUUCGUGCUAUGUUUCCAGCAUUGUUCGAUGUCGCGUGCUGCGGGAGACAACAUGUCAGGCAGCACAAAGUUGCAGGAGUGUGGAAGUGGCGGAUGUUUAGAUGUGUUCAUGGUGCAGACAUCAGCAAAAGUGUCGUUCGAGGCACGAACAAAUUCUCGUGGCAGACAUGGUCAACGCGGCUCGCGCAACAACAGAACAGUGGCGCCAAUGUCUGCGUCGACGCAAGCACGGAGGACGCCAAAUGUAUCAACGACGACACCACUAUCAGCACCAACAACAUGUGUUGAUACAGACAAUGGGGCCACCAACAGGUUCGGAAACUCAUGUGCGAUCUACUCUUACGAUCUUGAAAACCCAUUUAUCAGUAUCUGUCUGGACCCUUACUAUGACGAUGAUGACUUCAGCUCGUCAAUGUGCUGCGAGUGUCCAGAGGAGUGUCCUGAAACAGAGGUAGUCACCCACCCGAGAGGUUGUGAGGAUUGGGUUGAUUUUCUUACUGAUCGGGCUCACUCUAAUCUGGGUGGCUUGGGUCCUGACUACACGGCGCCCAGGGAGCUCAGAUAUUAUGGAGUCGGGCAACUUCCAGAUGGGGUCAUUUUCGAUUUAGUCUACACCAAUGUAACCACCUAUACCCCGAGAAGCACCGAUUGGAAUGGAGUUGUUGGAGGCAUGGCGAACAUCAACCUUCUUGUUGGGGAGGCCGCAGUUUUCAGGGCAGAGUUUGUGAGGAACCACACCUUCUGCCCUGUUGUCCCCACUCGGCCAAAGUUAACUUUCUGCGACAUUGACCAUCAUAUUGAAGGUGAAAACGAAGUCAUAGUGCUCGACGGCGUCAGCGCUGUCUACACGGUCGAAGAUGGAAUCGAAUUUGACAUGGAGUUCUUCCAGUAUGGGUCUUCCACAGGCGACAGCCCCCUACCCUUACCCUCCUACGUGAUAGAGACGAUCCAAUCAUCAGUUCCGGGCCGGAAGGCCAAGAAGUAUACCAUCCCUUCAGGCGGCAAGUUUGGGAUCAUGACAAUCUCGCGCAUGUUCGGCCACGGCUGUGACAAUCCAUUGGGCCCAGACGAGUUAACCAAUAUCACUUGUCCAGCAGAUGAUGCCGACCCCGUGGACCAAGCGAAGCGUUGCUUCAUGGCUGAGUUCGCAGACACGAGCGAGUUCGAAAUCGGGAUCAGAAUCUCCGACCCCUACCCCGACGGCCAUUUUCAUGAGUGGGGUCGUAAUUACGGCCUGGGCGGGACGUCCAAGUUCUUCGCUGAAGAAGGGUCCUUCACGUGCGCUCAAGAUUACUUCGACAGUUUUCGAACACCUGCGCCAACCGCUGCGCCAACAACCUCGCCAACGGCACAUCCAACCUUCUCUCCGACCGCCGCUCCCACAGGUUCCCCGACGGCAGCACCCACAGCGGGGCCGACGGCCAACCCGCCAGGUGCACCAACGGUUGUGCCUUCAGCAUCGCCCACGACUGCGCCGACGGAGGCUCCCACAGCGACGCCAACAGCUGGGACCACGGCGUCGCCAACGACAGCACCCACAGCGGAGUCGACGGCCACUCCGACGGCGUCACCAACGCCCAUCCCCACGGUUCCACCAGACGAAGGUGGUACUGGUAAUUUUUUCAAUCCAGGUGUACCGACAGCUUCCCCAACAGGUGCACCAACGGUUGCCCCUACGGCAUCGCCUACGACUGCUCCGACGGAGGCUCCCACAGAGGCACCGGCAGGUGUGCCCACAGCCUCGCCAACGGCAGCGCCAGGAACGGGGCCGACGGCUACCCCGACAGGUACACCGACGGUGGCCCCAACGGAGCCACCCUUGACUGCUCCGACGGGGGCUCCCACAGAGGCACCAGCAGGUGUGCCCACAGCCUCGCCAACGGCAGCGCCAGGAACGGGGCCGACGGCCACCCCGACAGAUACACCGGCGGAGGCUCCCACAGCGGCACCAGCAGUGGUGCCCACGGCGUCGCCAACGUCAGCGCCUGGAACGGGGCCGACGGCCACCCCAACAGGUGUACCGACGGCUAUCCCUACGGCAUCGCCUGCGACUGCUCCGACGGGGGCUCCCACAGAGGCACCAAUAGGUGUGCCCACAGCCUCGCCAACGGCAGCGCCAGGAACGGGGCCGACGGCCACCCCGACAGAUACACCGACGGAGGCUCCCACAGCGGCACCAGCAGGUGCGCCCACGGCGUCGCCAACGUCAGCACCUGGAACGGGGCCGACGGCCACCCCAACAGGUGUACCGACGGCUAUCCCUACGGCAUCGCCUGCGACUGCUCCGACGGGGGCUCCCACAGAGGCACCAGCAAGUGUGCCCACAGCCUCGCCAACGGCAGCGCCAGGAACGGGGCCGACGGCUACCCCGACAGGUGCACCGACAGUGGCCCCAACGGAACCAUUGGCGACUGUUCCGACGGAGGCUCCCACAGCGGCGCCAGCGGGUGUGCCCACGGCGUCACCAACGGCAGCACCCACAGAGGCACCAACAUUGUCUGCAGUUGGCGACCCGCACCUGGUCAAUGUGCACGGCCAGCACUUCGACGUGAUGAAGUCUGGCGUCCACGUCCUUCUGCAUGUGCCCUUCAAGGCGCGUCCAUCUCAAGUGCUCCUCCUUGUGCAAGCUGAUGCCCAGCGGGUAGGGGGCGCUUGCGCAGAUACGUAUUUCAUGAGCGUCAACAUGACGGGGAAAUGGGUAGCAUCCAGAGUCCACGCGCUCGGGUUGGUUGGCGGUGGCCUCUCUUUCAGCGCAGGCACUGGGGCCGUCCACACGGGCUCGAAGUGGAUGUCGUUCGGGAAGGUGAGUCUGAAGGUAGUACAUGGCCGCACCAAAACAGGCGUAGCGUACCUGAAUUUCUUCGCUCGCAAUUUGCGUCACGCGGGCUACGUCGUGGGAGGACUCCUCGGAGAGGACGACCACGAAGAGGCGGCCACCGUGAGCAACGCUUGCAAGAGUGUGAUCGACAUCUAGGCGUGCGCAUCGCUUGACGCUUUCCUAUUCGUUCCCACAAUACGUGUGCCGCA